AUGACUGCAAUAAUGUCACGGAAUGACGAUGUGGCAUACGCUAUGACUCCCUUCAAAUUCUUAACUCUGCCAUUAGGCGUUUGGCCCUUGCAAGAAUAUAACGCAUUAGCCUUUAUACGUUCUUUCGUAUGCACCGUCAGUUUGACCGCGUGGAUAAUCAUAAUUUUCUUCGAAGUUAAUUUCGGUGGCGGCGAUGUGUAUACAAAAAUUGAUGGUCUUUUGCUUAUGAUGUGCACCAUCCUUUCUGUAAUAAAAAUUUUAGCCUUUCGCUUGUAUGCCGACAAUAUGAUUCGAAAUUUCUCUUCUGCUGUGAAAGAUUAUCUCGCAAUCGACAACGAGAACAUGCGCAAGAUUAUGCGACAUCACGCAUUCAUGGCAAGGGUGAUGUGCUACAGUGUCUUAUCUUUCGCUUAUACGGCACCAGUUUUCUUUCUGGUAGCUGUAUUAAUAGCAGGUGGUGAUGAGGACAUCCAAGUUAAUAGCAAUACAUCCAUUAAGAAUCCAGCAGAAGAUUUACCUGUGCCCUUAACAUGGACUUUAGGAAGUUAUCAUCUCUCUACGAGUUUAUAUUUCGUGAUCACUAUAGUACAAUACAUUAUAUUGACGCUCAAUUGCAAUGGCAAUGUUGGUAAUAAGAUGAUCAUUAAUACCGAAGAGACUUAU